AUGCAAUGGCGACGAACCUUCACAACGUCUGUCAUCAGACUAAAUCAUAGUGCGACAGCUAGAUCUCGUUUUCCAGUACUGCGAUGUGCCCAGAUUCUUCAAUCAGGCCCGAAAGAUGCACCCUGCAGCUUGGAGGACCAGGAGAUCCAGGUCAACGGUUUCAUUCGUUCUCUUCGCAAACAGAAGAAAUUUGCCUUUGCCGGGAUCUCGGAUGGUUCCAGUGUUGAUCUAGUACAGGCACUCUUGAAACCAGAGCUAGCAGUGGAUCUAUCCACGGGGUCUGCAGUUACAAUGACUGGAAUAUGGAAGGCUUCCCCACCCGGUAAAACGCAAACCCAUGAAUUGCAAGUGACUGGCGUGGAAAUGGUUGGCGCAAUGGACCCAGAGACAUAUCCUAUUCAACCGAAAUACCAAAGCCCCGAUUUCCUGCGCCAGAUUCCUCAUCUCCGUUUGCGAACAACCUUAAACUCGGUGCUUGCCCGGUUCCGUUCCGAGUGUCUAUUCCAGCUAGGCAAUGUCUUUCAUUCAUACCCCAGUGGUCCAUUUGCACAGGUGCAGCCACCGAUAAUUACCUCUUCUGAUUGUGAAGGAGCGGGCGAAACAUUCACCUUGCUCCCGCGCGGCGCUACCGCCGAUACCGAAACUGACCACUUCUUCCGGUCGCCAAAAUAUCUUACAGUUUCGUCUCAACUACAUCUUGAAGCCUAUGCUGCAGAACUUGGUAAUGUUUGGACACUGACACCGGUAUUUCGUGCGGAGAAGAGCGAUACACCGCGCCACUUGAGUGAAUUCUACAUGCUGGAGGCAGAAGCAAACUUCAUGUCGGAUUUGGAUGCGCUCACGGAGCAGGUGGAAUAUCUUCUACGUGACUUGACUCGUAGGCUAUAUGAUACUACCGCUGGUCAAGAUGUCUUGUCAUCUGUCGAUCAAUUUGCUGAGAAAUCCUCCAACCCAGACGCAAAAGCGAUUUUACGUCAACGAUGGACCGCCCUAAUGGACGGCCCUAAAUGGCACCGUGUUACGUAUUCCAAAGCCAUUGAAAUGCUUCAGCGGGCAGUCGUCGAGGAUAGUGCCUCAUUUGAACAUCCUCCCACCUGGGAUGGAGGCCUACAGCUCGAGCAUGAAAAGUACAUUGUGGAAGUUUUGUACCAGGGCACCCCUGUCUUUGUCACAGACUACCCGAAGGCUGUGAAGCCUUUCUAUAUGGCCCCUUCACACGCUGGUGAUGGCAAAGGGGAGCAAGGCAACGCGCCGGGGGAGACUGUCGCGUGUUUCGACUUGCUCUUUCCGGAGAUUAGUGAGGUCGCUGGUGGCUCCUUGCGUGAGCACCGUCUGCCCCAACUUAUCGAAAACAUGCGCGAACAUGGUCUAAUCAAGCCUCGGGUUGUUGACCCCGAUAAUGUUCCCACGGAACCACUUUACCCUCACCUCUUCGCGACCGAGGACCUUGGCCACCUUCAGUGGUAUGCUGACCUUCGACGAUGGGGCUCAGUGCCUCACGGAGGAUUCGGCCUAGGAUUUGAUCGGUUCUUGGGUUAUUUGUCUGGUGUUUCCAGCGUCCGCGACGUUGUGGCAUUCCCACGGUACUUUGGCCGGGCUGACUGCUAA